UGAUAGCCGUCGUUUAUACAAACUUAUAAAAUUAUAAUACAAACUACAAAUAUUAGUACACGGUUUGUAGAUCAGUUUGUAAGCUCAAGUGAUUUCAAGUAUAUAUUUAUUUAUAUAUAGAGAGAUUAGUGGAGAUUAGGAAGAAAUUCUAGGCAUUUUUAUGUCGUGUAUUAUUGGUUCUUCCCUUUAUUUUGAUUGUUGUGUAAAUGUAACAGUUUUAUUAUAUCAGAAAGGUUGCUUCUUUUUUAAGAUUAUCUAAUUUUGUUGUUAUGAAUAAUAUAGGUUGAAAACUGGAUAUACAUAGAUUAGCUCCAUGUAAUAUUGAUGACAGUUCUCGAGGAUGGUUCACUACGAUCCUAUAGUUAUUUUAAUCCGUGAUUUGGUCUUAUAUAUUAAUUUGUUUGUUUUGAUUUAACUCGUUUAGAGUUUUGCAAGAUUUAAUUGUUGUCGCAAUUUUCUUUAUCAUGCUAAUCAUUUGAUGUGACCUUGAGGCUGAAUCUCAAUGCUGAAACAAGUUCUUGGCCACAGAAGGUGAGGUUGUGUCUAGUUUAAUAUUGGCUGAGUAUCCGUAGAUGUGCUUUACUGGUCUGUUUUUGGGCAGUGGUUGCUCACGGACACUCUUUGGAUUUUGCUUGAAGGCAGAUGAGCCAGCUUAGUGGAAACAGUCUCGGAAUAUCCAAUAUUCGGUUGAUGCUGAAAAUGAGAAGCUGAAAGUACUGCACUCAGUUUAGCUGUCUAACUAUAUGUUGCUAGUGAGUUACUAAAAACAUUGAAACUUCUGUGGAGCAUCACUCCUUUCCAGCCUCAAUGACUUAGAUAACGGUAAUUAUUACUCCUUCCUUUAAAUUAAUUAUUUUUGUAGCUGUUCCUAAAGUCCAUUUAGUCAAACAAUAUGAGCAGGUCUUCAGUUGUUAAGAAAUCUGCAUAACUUGUGUUAGGUGACACCUUAUCCUUCUUAUUGAAGUUAAAGUACCAUUUUUAGUGCCGCUGAAAGUGAUCAAUGUCUCUGAGAUGCUAUCUUUACUUGUGGAGUAACCAUGAAAUUUCCAGAUACAGUGUUUAAAAACUCAUGCUCAUGCGUAUCCACAUAUUUAGCAUUGCUCUUGCUGUAAUUAUACUUUAAUUUACUCAUAGUUAUAUGUACUGGCACCACCAUCAGGGUCAGUAAAAUAUCAUAGAUUUAGCAAAAUGUUGUGAAUACUUUACAUUGAAAUAUUAAUGCAUCAAGGGUUGACUUAUCUUUAACUAUUACAAAAUUAUGAACUACUCCAUAAAAUAUAUAACAAUACACUGAUUUCUAAUGCUUGUAAAGUAUCCCAAGAAGAUCCAACUCAGGAUUAUAAGAAUAAAAAAUGCUAAUCUCAAGAAUUCUGAUUUCCAGUUCAUCAACUCUAUCAGUCAUUUGUAUUAUGUAGUAGUCAGUACAAUUUUAAUCUCAGGUGCAUAUCCUUCUUGUUCUCUUUGAAUUGAUCUUGUGGCCUCAGAUAUUACAAAAUUGAAGUUCUUUCUAGCUGAUCAUCAUUAAAUUAUGACUACGAUAUCGCUGAAUUUGAGAGCAUUAAUGUAGCUUUACAGCUGCAUAUUGCUCUUUCGUUGCUUCAGUUUCUUAUACCUGAAAGUCCAAUUGUCUAAAGCAAUGGACAUCAAGAAGUUGGGUAAAUACAGCAGAGCACCCAGCUUUUUCUUUGUUGUCGGGUCCCUUACUCUCCUUGUUUGUAUCGCUACAUUAUCAAAAUUCUACUCUCUCAGAACUUUUGUUAUUUCUGACACGUUCUGCAACUUCAGUAAUCCUGUGAGAGAUGGCAGUGCCGAUAAGUACAUGAAGCAAACUCUGGAUACUGUUAUUCAGAAAAUCAAAGAAGAAAUCAAUAAUACAAGAGAUUUGCCAGAUGAAUCGUCACAUGGCCCAAGAUUUAGUGCUUUUCUUGUUGAUAUUUUGGGUAUGAUUGAGCUAGUUCAGGAAUCCCUCCCACAUAUUGAUACAAGUGAGCUGCAAAAUGGUGAACCUCACGCUGUGCACCCUUUAGUAAGGCGAAAACAGAAUUCUGAUGCUGCUGAAUACUUCUUGAUUGAAGAGAUCCGCAAGUAUGUGAGGAUCAAACCAAAUAGAUUGCGGAAACAGAACUUUAUGGGCGCUAAUGGAACCUUCACCAGCAUAGGCCAUUCUUGUUUUAUUAUGAAGAAAGAGCUAGAGGAAUACAUGGAUUACGAUAUUGGAGAUAUCUGCCAAGAUGAUUGGAGACUAGCUCAAAAACUGAUGGUCCAUGGCUGUGAUCCACUACCUAGAAGAAGGUGUCUCUCACGAGCUCCUCAACUAUAUACCAAGCCAUUGCCAAUAAGCGAGUCAUUGUGGACACUUCCUGAUAACAGAAAUGUUCGCUGGAGUCAAUAUCUAUGCAAGAACUUCAGUUGCCUAGCAAACAAUGUCACCCGCAAAGGGUUCUUCAAGUGUGCAGACUGUUUCAACUUCACUCAUCAUGAAUUGCCUAGAUGGAUCAUACCCGAAUACCAAGACCCGAGCUCAAAUCUAACUGCAGAUUUUCUUAUAACAGAAGUGCUGGAUUUAAAUCCAGGAGAGAUUAGAAUCGGCUUAGAUUUUAGUAUCGGGACAGGCACUUUUGCUGCUAGAAUGAGGGAGCACAAUGUAACCAUAGUUUCUGCAUCCAUCAAUCUCGGGGCACCAUUUAACGAAAUGAUUGCUCUUCGAGGCCUAAUCCCUCUUUACCUGACCAUAAAUCAACGGCUACCCUUCUUUGAUAACACACUAGAUUUGAUUCACACAACAAGAUUUCUUGAUGGUUGGAUAGAUUUUGUUCUGUUGGACUUUGUAUUGUAUGAUUGGGACAGAGUUUUGAGGCCAGGGGGUUUGUUGUGGAUCGACAGCUUCUUCUGUUUGAAGGAAGAUCUGAAUGAUUACUUAGAAUCAUUCAAAAUGCUAAGGUAUAAGAAGCACAAAUGGGUAACUAUCCCCAAAAUUGAUAAAGAUGACAAGGAAGUAUUCUUUUCUGCUGUUCUAGAAAAACCACCAAGACCCUUUUGAUAAUUGAUACGUUUUGUAUUAGCUUUCAUGUAUCGUGCAUGAAUUUCUCCUAUUGUUUGCUACUGUUUAUAUUGUUAACCUGCUAAGACCAGGUCAUUCUCCUGAGUUCUUCUACAUAAUAACUUGUAACCAUGCAGAUCUUGGAAACGGAUAUUGUAGGGCUUUUUUUUUUUCUAAUGAACGUUUAUGGUAUCUUAGUUGA